UAUCCAGUCAACAAGCGAACUACGCGCUACAUCAUGCGUCUCCACGGACACACACAAACGUAACGGUCUUCUGAGCUUCCGCCUUCUUUCUCUCUUCUCUCAUCUCUCACACACAGCCCUUCUCACACGCAAUAUUUUGAUCAUUGUGUGUUUGUUUUCGACGACAAAUCCACUGCCCGCGAUACAAUGUCGUUUUCGGACUCUGAGUCGUCCUCUCAUGGCGGCAGCGGAGAGUACAAGUUCUUUCGUCAAACCUGCCGUGAUCGGUUGUUAUAUGAGAUGCUCGGAUCAAGUAAUGCGCCAAAUUCAAAAUCUUGGAAGGUACUUAUCAUGGAUAAAGUUACAGUGAAAGUCAUGUCUCACUCUUGUAAAAUGGCAGAUAUCACAGAUCAAGGAGUUUCAUUGGUAGAAGAUCUUUUCAGGAGAAGGGAACCAAUGCCCUCCAUGGAUGUGAUAUACUUUAUCCAGCCAUCAAAAGAAAAUGUUGUCAUGUUCCUAUCUGACAUGUCUGGAAGGGAGCCUUUGUACAAAAAAGCAUUUGUAUUUUUCAGUUCAUCAGUCCCGAAGGAAUUGGUUAAUCACAUUAAAUGUGACACAAGUGUAUUACCCCGCAUAGGUGCAUUGCGAGAGAUGAAUUUGGAGUACUUUCCUAUAGAUAAUCAGGCAUUUAUCACUGAUCAUGAAAGAGCAUUGGAGGACCUCUAUGGUGAAGAUGUUGAAAAGUCUCGGAAGUUUGAUGCUUGUUUGAAUACUAUGGCAACUCGAAUUGCAACAGUUUUUGCCUCAUUGAAGGAGCUACCAUUUGUUCGGUAUCGCAUUGCCAAGUCUGAUGAUUGCAAAGCGUCAUCUCGUGAUUUGGUUCCUACAAAACUUGCUUCAGCAAUUUGGAACUGUCUUUUAAAAUAUAAAGCGAUUCCCAACUUUCCACAGACUGAAACGUGCGAGCUGCUGAUCUUAGAUAGAUCUGUUGAUCAGAUUGCUCCUGUCAUACAUGAAUGGACAUAUGAUGCGAUGUGCCAUGAUCUACUCGAUAUGGAUGGAAAUAAAUAUGUGCUCGAGGUUCCCAGUAAAACUGGAGGUCAACCUGAGAAAAAGGAGGUCCUUUUAGAAGAUCAUGAUCCGGUUUGGCUUGAACUUCGCCAUUCACAUAUUGCAGAUGCUAGUGAAAGGUUGCAUGACAAGAUGACAAACUUCGUUUCAAACAACAAAGCUGCUCAAAUGCAACAAAAAGCAAGAGAUGGUGGUGAAUUAUCAACAAGAGACUUGCAGAAAAUUGUUCAAGCUCUGCCGAAAUAUGGUGAACAAGUUGACAAGCUUUCCCUCCAUGUGGAGAUUGCUGGAAGAGUUAACAAAAUUAUCAGAGACACAGGACUUCGAGAACUUGGGCAGCUGGAGCAAGACCUUGUUUUUGGGGAUGCAGGAGCCAAGGAUGUGAUUAAUUUUCUGAGGACAAAACAGGAUGCUAGCCCCGAAUAUAAGCUGCGAUUGUUGAUGAUUUAUGCUUGUGUCUAUCCUGAGAAGUUUGAGGGUGACAAAGGUACAAAACUUAUGCAGUUGGCUAAAUUAUCACGUGAGGAUAUGAAGGUUGUGGAAAAUAUGAAAUUGCUAGCUGGAUCAUCUGAAACCAAGAAGGCAUCAAGUGGUAGUUUCUCUCUCAAGUUUGAUGGAGCUAAGACGAAGCAAGCGGCACGAAAAGAUCGAACUGGUGAGGAAGAAACGUGGCAACUGUUUCGAUUUUACCCUAUGAUAGAGGAGCUUAUAGAGAAUCUUAAUAAAGGUGCCUUACCAAAGAAUGAGUAUGCAUGCGUGAAUGAUCCAAGUCCAACUGCCCAGGCAGCCACCACAAGUGGAUCUGUACGGUCCCGUCAAGCCCCCGCUGCUCCCGAAAGAAAAACUCCAGCACACUCUAUGAGGUCAAGAAGAACGUCAACUUGGGCACGACCUAAUCAUUCUGAUGAUGGAUACUCAAGUGAUUCGGCUCUUAAAAGUGUGUCUUUGGAUUUCAAGAAGAUGGGACAGCGUAUUUUCAUUUUUAUCAUUGGUGGAGCAACUCGCUCUGAGCUGCGAGUUUGUCACAAGCUCACCAAAAGCCUGAGGAGAGAAGUAGUACUAGGUUCUUCCAGCUUAGAUGAUCCUCCACAAUAUAUAACGAGACUGAAGCUGCUAUCAGAAAAAGAUCUCUCAGCCGAUGGCCAUGUAUUCUAAAUUUUGCUUGGAUUUUGUGGCAUUCAUGCUUUUACGGAGGUUUGCCGUCCCAUUUUUGAUCAUUCAUUGGUUCUGCCAAGUGCAAAACUUUGAACUCUCUUUACAGACUUCACUCAUUUGAACAUGAGCAACUUGAUACUAUGCAGAGCAGAAACAAGGCUUAAUGCGCAUGCUUCUUUUGUUUCUCAAGAAUCAUUCUACGGUGGUAAAUAUGGUUGGAAACCUGCUGCAAAUUGUUUAGUCAGUUGUCCUUGAAUGUGCUCUUACACGUAUAGACAUGGUAGCAAGGGUAAAUUCUUUUUCUUCCCAAUUUUUCUCGGGUAUUUGAAUCCCUUUGUGUACUGCAGAAUGUGAUGAAUACGUAUGUUUGGAUAAAUAUCCCUUAUUCUUUUUUCUUCAUGUAUACAUACAUGCUCACGGAAUAACUCAAUCUACCAGUGUCAUAUUUCAUGCAAGAUAUUGUUCACGAUGAA